AAGGGUUUGAUAAGAGAAGUGUGAGUGCAGUAGCGCUAGGGAAGAGGGAGAGUCCGUAAGGGCGUAAAAGAACUGUCUGAAACGCCUCUUUCCUCAUUUUCUUGUUUGCGUCCUCUCUGCAACAACACCACUCUCUCUCUCUCUUUCUCUCUCUCUCUCUCUUUCUCGAAUCUCCUUCGCCUCUUCCACUCACUCUUUCUCUGUGACGCUUUGUUUCGUUAAAAGGUCUUGACUGUGAAUUCCGUUUUUUCAGCAUUGAUUUCGGAUCGUUCUGACUUUUCGAGUAAAGAGCUAUAUUCACAAGUGAAUGGUGUAGAUUUGUAUUUGCAGAUGCAAUAGGUGGUUGUGUUAGUAUAACAAGAUAAAAACUGUUGUGUACCUCACAAUGGGUGCUGCUUGUUGUGUUGCUGCCAAAGAUAAAACUAUACAAAAUGGUUCAACCAGUGACAUUUUGCAUCGGAAUAUUCGAUGUUCUCCAACAUGGAGCUUUCGGUGGGAUCAUCGAGGGCGUGUAGCUGGUGAAGAUACUUCUAUAAAUUGGUUUUCUGAUGGUAUUAGCCGGAAUGACGGAUCAGAGAAUAAAAAUGAAUCAGCAUAUGUAUCAGAGGAUGGAAGUCCAUUGCAGAACUAUCAACAGAACAGAUACCAAAAAUCCCCAAUUUCUGAAGGAACUGCUGCACAUAUGAGAAAUUCACCUUCAGAUCAAUCUAUUUCAAGGAACGUCUCUAUGGAUGUCAGUGUGGAACAGGUGAAGGGGUUGGCAGAAUCAUCAAUAGUAUCUAGUCCAUCUCCCACAAAACCAUCAUUGCCAUCAACUUCAUUGUCAGCAUCUCCUCUAUUAUCCCAAUGUCACACGACUCCAUCCAGCUCAACCCCAUUAAGGUUGCCUUGCCGUUCUCCUGGACACCAGCUGUUACAGCAAGCUUCUUACAGCCGAACCCCAGCAUUUAAGUCACCCGGCAGCUUCUCUCUGUCUGAAGAUAGGCCAGGGUUUCCCUCAUGGAGCAAUGAAUCAGGUAUCCGCUCCCAUGGUGGAUCUUCAGAUGGUUGGUCUAUACCUGGCCUUUCUGAGUCGAUGGGAACUCCCGUCAGAGAAAGUUGGUCAUUUGAUAGUGAGUCCUUUGGUUUUAAUCGUGAAAGGUUAGCUAGAUCCAAUAGUUGGUUUUCUGCUUCACCAGUUGAUUUGCAAACAUGUGGUGUUUGCUCAAAGCUUUUAACGGAGAAGUCUUCUUGGAGCACCCAAAAGAUAAUUGCAAGUAAUGACCUUUCUGUAGUUGCUGUUCUUAUCUGUGGGCACAUCUAUCAUGCUGAAUGUUUGGAGACUAUGACACCUGAUAUCAAUAAGUAUGACCCAGCUUGCCCAGUUUGCACUUUUGGUGAGAAACAAACUAUGAAGCUGUCCGAAAAAGCUCUGAAAGCUGAAAUGGAUUUGAAGGCUAGAAACAAGAAAUCAAAGAAUCGGAUUGUGAACAGCGAUAUCGAUGAUGAUUCUGUUGUGUUCGAUCACUUUAAAGGGAGAGGGCUUAAAGAUAAAGGUCCUAGGAUGGACUCCAAUUCCAGUGGGAGAAGCUCCUUUGGGAAACCUUUUCUGAGGCGACACUUUUCCUUUGGAUCAAAGGGUUCCAGAUCCAUGUUAGAUAAUCACCCUACAAGAAAGAAGGGCUUCUUUUGGGCCAAAUCUAGCAAGGAAUAAGCUCCUUUUUGGUUGUGGGGAGGUUCCAUGUUGAUCUUCUCUGCAUCCUUAAAAGGAUUGUGAAAAGGGCAAGAUGUAAUGCAUGAUUUCUGAGCAUCUGUUCACACUAAUCUGUGAUUUCAACAAGAUUAGAGGCUGAAGUUACUCUGUAAAGAACACAUACAGAAGUGGAAGAUGAAUAUAGAGACGUAGUAGAUAGUGUUUUGAGACCAAGAGUCUUUUUGUUUUGUACAGGUCGAUUUGAUUAUUGCAAGGAUAUAAUUCAUAUCCAAAUGAUGUUCUGUUGACCAUGAUUCUGCUUUUAUGUAAUGCGUGCCAUUAGCCCUUGGGAGUUUCUGGUGUUGGGCUAUGGUCUUCUCCACAGAUUGUUAGGCAAUACCAAUUAUUUUGAUUGACUUUAGUUGGUUGCUUUUAAUGAAAAAACAGCUUCAGGAAUAGCCUUUUAUCAAUUUAGUGUUUUUUUGUACGUGGCAGAUUGAUCUAUGUACUUUUUUCUGGACGGGUUGC